AUGAUGGAUGAACUGAAACGAUUGUAUAUCAGGAUGUGUCAGGAGAAAGGAUCAGACCCUCAGGAAGCAGUGCUAAGGGAACUGCAGGAGAUGAGAGAGACAUCUGGGAAAGGGAAACUGGAUUUGUCUACUCAGAGUCUUUCCAUGGAGUCCUGCCAGGUUUUGGGUCUCCUCCUUCAGGAUGAUGUAACCUUCUCACAUGUGAUCCUCAGCGACUGUAUGCUCAGUGAGGAAGGUCUCAAGCAUAUUCUGCAAGGCCUCCACACUAACUCAGUGGUAAAGUAUCUAGAUUUGAAGGGUAAUAAUCUGCGCGGUGAUGGUGCAGAGGCUUUGGGAAAGCUCUUGAGACACAACUCUGCUCUCAUCAGCCUGACUCUAGAGUGGAACAACCUGGGGAUGUGGGAAGAUGGAUUCUCUCUCUUCUGUGAUGGACUUAGCUGUAACCAGACUAUGCAAAAGCUGGAUCUGCGCAAUAACCAGAUCAACCAUAAAGGAGCAGAAGAGCUGUCCAUGGCUCUGAAAAUAAACUUUUCUCUGCAGGAAUUAGACUUGCGAUGGAAUAACAUUGGUCUGCUGGGCGGACGAGCCAUGCUGGAAUGUCUGCAGAACAAUAAAGGCCUUCUGAAGAUGGAGCUGUCCGGGAACAAUAUCCCUAGUGACAUCUUAAAGGCUGUUGAACUGGGCAUUGAUCAUAAUCUGGAGAGGCAGACUGUGAAGAAGGAGACUGUCAGCCAAAGACACAUCCUGACCAAGGAAGUCCAAAACUUAAAGCAAGAGAAAAACAAGCAGUUCCUGGGCUUGAUGGGAACCAUCGAUAAACAGAGUGAAGAGAUGACCCGAACCACAAGAAAAACAGCGUUGCAAAUCGGCAAACUUCAGGAAGCACUGGAGGAUAGGAAGUCCAUUGUAAAUUCAUUGACCGCCAAGUUACACAUGACUGAUGCUGCCUUAGCUUUAUCACAACAAAAAGUGCAAGAUCUGGGGGUGAUCCUAACUCAAACAAAGCGGGAUAGCUCCAGCAUGAGAGAAGUGCAUGCAAAAGAGCUGCGGAAGGAGAAAGAGGAAUCUGCAAUUCGUGAGGCAAAACUUAGACAGGAAUUGGCAGCUGCUAAUGAGAAAACUUUGCUUUAUCGCAGUAAGGUGGAUGAGCUGGAGAGAAAAUACAAGAUGCAGCAGGAUCAGCUGUUUGAGCUGAAGCAGGAACUGACCAACACAAGUGCAGAGCUGAAGCUGCGAGCUUUGCAGGCAGAAGAGCGCCUGGAAGCAGAGAAGCGGAGAUUCCGCCAGUUGCAGGAUGAUGCCAAUGUGCUGCGCCAAAAGGAGCUGGAUCACAUGACCCGUCACAUGGAAGACAAUGAGAGGGUGGCACAAGAAAGGAUGCAACGUCUUGAAGCUACAAAGUUAGCACUUGAGGAGGAACUGAACAGGAUGAAGCUAACAUUAGCCAAUGAGCGCGUCCUGGCAGAAGAAGAGAUACAGAAAGCGCGUAGUACAGCUCAGCAGGAAGAGCAGCAGCAUGCUACUGUCCUACAGGACAAGAUACGGACCCUCACCCAUUCCAGAGAUCAGUCCCAGACCCAAGUCCUGCAACAGAAUCAACUGAUGGGGGAACUGCAGGCACAGAACAACCAACUCUCCCUGGAAAUAGAGGGCCUGAAAAGGCGCAUAGAUGGGUUACAACAGGAGUCCUCAAAGAGGGAACAGGACAAAGUGGCUGAAAUAACGAGGGUGCGAGUGGAGUUGCAGGAGCAGAUCGGACACCUUGAAGCUGAGUUGGCAACGCAGGAGGGACUGAGAGAGAAGAUAUCGGCACUGGAGAGACAGCAGAAAGUGCAGGCCAGUACCCAUCGUGAGAUAAUGUUAGAUAAAGAAGGUGAGAUCUCUUCUCUGCUGGAGAAGCUGAGGCUGAAGGAUGCAGAGAAUCUGAGGAUGCGAGAGGAAGAGGCACAGAGAGCCAGCCUGCUGCAGAGCGCCAUCCUGACCUAUAUCAGUGCUCCACUUGGCUCCACUGGAGGAAGGAAAUAAGCCAAAUGAUCAAUCUUAUUGUGCAUAUGCAAUGCCAGCCCUAAGUGGAGGACUUACUAUGGGCAAACUUCUUUAGUGCCUUAAAUUAUUAACAGCCAAGUCUGCAAUGAAUUAUGUUUUAUGAAGUGGGGGGAGGGCAUCUGAACUCCAGGGAACCUACACAAGAGUCUUUUGGCAAUAAGGUGUGAAAUCUCACUGAUCCUUGGGAUAGUAAUUUAUUUUUUACUUAUUUUUGUAUGUUUCUGUAAUGACUUAUUUUAAAUAUAUUUUUCUAUUAUUUUUCUAUUUUUAUCUGCACUUUUAUUUUCAUUUGUAGACUUUAUUUUGUGAUUACGCUAAGAUUUGGUGCUCCUAAAAUGCAUU